AUGGAUCAAUUUCGAGAUAUCAGUACCACAUGGGUAGAUUCCAAUUCACCCACAAGGCGCAACUCUAUCGACUUCUCUGCCCCUUCGCCACCACCUACUCAUGAAAAUGACCCAAAGGCCUUUUUGAAACAUCAUGCUGCUAAAACAGCUCUAUCUCAACCAUCCCCAGACCCCGAAAAGGGCAGCAGUGGCUCCAGCAGCGACGAUGAGAAACCACAACAACAACAACAACUCUCAUUCCGACAAAGAUUACAUCAUUUCACAUGGGCCUGGUAUGUUUUGCCAAUGAGUGUCGGGGGGUUGUCGUUGCUUAUUCAUGUGCAACCUCAUCAAUUCCCCGGUUUGAGGAUAAUUGGUACAGUGCUGUACAGCAUCAACCUCCUCAUCUUUACCCUCUGCUGCAUUGGCAUGAUUCUCCGGUUCUCAUUCAAUCCUGGUGACUUGACACGAUCAGUCACACAUCAUCGUGAAGGUUUCUUCCUUCCUACCUUCUUUCUCGCCAUUGCUUCCUUGAUCACUAGCACUCAGCGCUAUGCCAUUCCUAAAGACAACGCAUCAUUCUCUUGGGCAGCACAGACUAUCUUCUGGGUCUAUGUCGUUACCACAUUCAUCUUGGCCAUUUGGCAAUACUCUUUCCUUUUUGCAGGACAUAACUUCAGCUUACAAGCUAUGAUGCCUGGCUGGCUGUUGCCUAUAUUUCCCGUUAUGUUGGCUGGAACAGUAGCGACAGUUAUCCUCGAUACGCAGACACAUCUUAACCCUUUACCCAUCAUCUUUGCUGGUCUGACUUGCCAAGGAUUGGGUUUCUGCGUGUCAAUGAUGAUGUACGCUCACAUGAUCGGUCGACUCAUGCAAUCAGGUCUUCCCAACCGUGAACAUCGCACUGCUUUGUUCAUGAACGUCGGUCCACCAUCCUUCACAGCCUUGGCUCUCAUUGGUAUGGCCAAAGCUUGGCCAAAGACCAUCUCUGGCAUUGAAGAUAUUGCUCUUAAUGUCGAUACUGUCCGCACCGUCGCGCUCCUAUGUGCCGUGUUCCUUUGGGCAUUGAGUUUGUGGUGGUUCUGUAUCGCCGCUGUCGCAGUCAUUUCAUCUCCGCCCAAAGCAUUUCAUCUGGGUUGGUGGCCUAUGGUCUUUCCAAACACUGGAUUUACACUUGCUACCAUUUCUAUCGGACAAGAGUUCAAGUCUGAGGGCCUUCUUUGGACUGGGAGUGCUAUGAGCAUUCUCCUUGUCAUCACGUUUUUCAUUGUCAUUUUCUUUAAUAUUAGAGCUGUGUUUGUACGAGACAUCAUGUACCCUGGAAAGGAUGAGGAUGCUGAUGACCACUAA